UUUAACAUUAACUGUGGAGUUGUUCAGUUCAGUUCAGUUCAGUGAUAGAACGUUUUGUUUCGUCAACGGGUUGCCUGAAAUAUUUUUUGUAAAAAGAAAAACUUAUAUUUGAGUGUAAGAGUUUUAAAUUAUUUUUUUUUCUGCUAAACUCUUUUUGAUACUUCACUUAAAAUUCGAUUAGUUGUAAGAAUAAAAUUCUAAAAGAAAAAAAGAUUACUCAACCAUUUAUACGAGUCGUAAAAGAAGGUCAAUAAAGUUUUAUGGACUUUUUCGAUACUUAUUAAUCGAGAGGAUUUUUAACGAUUGUCUUUUUCAAAAUUGUAACUGCAAACGGCAGAUGACUGACAAUAAAAGAACGUUACACUAAAACUGUAAUUCCUGUGAAAAUGGCAGCAUAUUGUAAAUAAAUUUCAAUUAUCAAAAAGUUUUUUUUUUGUAACGAUAAAUGCAAUUUUAUCGUUGCUUUCGUAUGGUGUCGUUAACAAGUAAAUUUUUGUGGUUUCCUCAAUAAAAAAACAGAGAGUUCCAACUAGGAACAGAAUACAUAAUAUAAAAAAAAUCGUUGACACUUUUGUCGUGGUAAAACCUUAAAGUUAUAAGUGCAAACAGAGUAAAUUGUACGAAUACGAGACAAGUGCUUCUGUUAUUUCAAAAAACACAAGUGUGUACAAUGCCUCAAAGCAAAAAUCUUAGCAGAUUAACGAAUUUUAUAUCAUGUCGCCAAGUACUCAAUAUUAUGGUAAUCUUAGGGUUCAUGUUAAAUUAUGCCCUAAGAGUCAAUCUGACAAUAGCCAUUGUGGAAAUGGUUGCACCAACACCCAUCGAACAAUCAGUAACCAAUGGCAACUCAUCAAUAUUAUACAAUACGACAGCAGCGCCAGUUAACAUUACGCAAAAUGCAGAACCAGCAAAAUACGAGAAAUUUAACUGGUCGUCGGUGCAACAAAAUCUGAUUCACGGCAGUUUCUUCUGGGGUUACAUUCUGACCGAAUUGCCCGGUGGACGAUUAGCUGAAUUGAUUGGUGGACGAAGAGUAUUCGGUCAUAGUAUGUUGUGGGCUAGUAUUAUUACAUUGUUCACUCCAGGAGCCGCAUAUCUUGACUAUAAAGUGGUUGUCUUUCUACGUGCACUGUUGGGCUUAAUGUUAGGUGCCAGUUGGCCAGCUAUUCAUCCCAUGACCGCUGUCUGGAUCAAGCCAAUGGAUCGUUCCAAGUUUAUGGCAAACAUGAUGGCAUCGUCAUUAGGAGCUGCUGUUGCUAUGCCCGUUUGUGGAUUUCUAAUUUCAUAUAUGGGCUGGGAGAGCGUGUUUUACUUUACUGGUGGAAUCGGUCUGGCAUGGUCAAUCCUUUGGUUCAUAUUUAUCUACGAAACACCAGCAUCCCAUCCACGAAUUUCGCCAGAAGAACGACGAGAAAUCGAAGACGCUAUCGGUACAUCCACAUCGAAGCAACGGCCUUCCUACGUUCCAUGGUUGUCGAUUUUAUCGUCGCCAUGCGUAUGGGCUAUCAUUAUUACACAUGGAUGUUCGGUGUUCGGUUACUUUACUGUGGUAAAUCAGUUGCCCACAUACAUGAAGCAAAUACUCCAUUUCAAUAUCAAGGAGAACGGUCUUCUAUCGUCGUUACCCUACUUCGGAAAAUACGUAAUGGCCGUCCUGGCCUCCUAUCUAGCCGACCAUCUUCGACAAAAUGGCAAAUUGACCACCACCCAGGCUAGAAAAUCAUUUACGGCAUUCGCAGUAAUCACACCCGGUUUGCUGAUGAUUCUACAAGUAUUCUUCGGAAUGGAUCGUACAUUUGCCGUAAUCAUAUUCACACUGCAGCUGCUGUUCAACGGGGCUGUGACAGCCGGUUAUUUGGGAAAUGGUUUGGACAUUGCACCGAAUUUCUCCGGUACCAUCUUCGGUAUGGCCAAUACGUUGUCAUCACUUGGCGGAUUUUUGUCGGCUUACAUGGUUGGCACUUUGACGAGAGUCGACAAAUCUUACGGACAAUGGCAAAUCGUUUUCGGUGUUCUUGCCUUCACUUACAUUUUCGGUGGUCUCUUUUACGUUAUCUUCGGUAGCGGUGAAUUGCAGAGAUGGAACACACCACCAGAAAAGAAUCAACGACCGGACACCGAAGAAGCGUUACCACUUAAAAAGAAUAAUGUCGACGUUAAGUGAGCCUAAUUUACUUACUUAGAUCCAAUUUUUUUUUAUUUAUUUGAUUUUCUUUACAAAAAAAAUUCAUUUUUAUUAUUGACGUUCAAUAGAAUAAUAAUUUUAAAAUUUUUUAUUCGGAAAAAUGUUGAUAAAGUGAUAAAGUAAAAAAAUAACCAUACAAAUCGACACUGUUAUAAAACUAGGAAUUUAGUAAGAGGACAUAAAGUGAAUGCAUUGCAUUGAGAUGAUUGUGAUUGUAAGAGAAUUUUUUUUUUGAACAAAACGUAAAAAACAGAUCAAUUUCACCCUAUAUACCAUAACCUUUCUGAUGAAUUAACUUUGUGGUUCGAUUAGAUCAGAGAAUAAAGACUGAAUAAAAUAUUGUAUCGAUCGAAUGCUUAACAAGA